AGUCAGGUAGAGUUGCUAUUUUAGUUCUGUAGUGGUUUUGUGCAUUAGCUGUAGCAGCAUUGCUUGAGUUUUGAGUUGAUAACCUGCAACCUAGCCUGCGACUUCUGUUCUAUUGAUAAAGGAGAAAUAAUUAUUUUAUGUCCAAAUUACAGGGUGAUAAAACCCAUUGACAUCAAUUUGAAAAAAAAUUCAAUAAAAAAACAAUGGACAGGAGGAUGAUAUAUUAAUAGAAUGUGCCUUUAUAUCAAUAAUUUCGACCACAAACACUGCCUUUUAUGAAUUAAAAUGUCUUUAAAAGAAUGUGAAAGUGAUAUAAAACAUUUAAAAUCAGAAUCUAUGUUAUUUGCAUGUGAAGAAAAUUCCAAAGAAAACAGUGCAAACUAUUUAAAUGGAAAACAACCAAUCAAGAAUGUGAGUAAUAAAAUAUUAAAAAACUGUCAAAAUGUGACAGCUACUAUUGAGGGAAAUAUAAAAAAUAGCAGCGAUAUUGCACGAAAACGAUGGAAGAUAUUAGCAAAAGCCCUAAAUAAACCGGCACAAGCAUCAAUGGAAGAUAUUUCUGUGCGUAGAUUUACAACCUUCGAUGUUAUUAAAUCACAACCUAUGAUAAUUAAUAAUAUAAAUGAAACUGCUACUUGGCAUUUGUAUAGAUACAAUCAGUAUACUGCGAUAGUACGGCAGCCCAAUAAGCCUCUGACACCAGGGGCUCUAAUAGGAUUUAAUAACACAGGGAAUAUUUGUGUUUGGCCAUCAGAAGAAGCAUUGGCAGUUUUUGUGUUGGAAAAUCUUGAUAUAUUUGAUAGCACUUGGGUUUUAGAAUUAGGAGGUGGUUUAUCUUGCCUAGCAGGAUUGAUGCUGGCAAAAUAUGGAAAUUUAUCAGGAAUUUGUUUAACCGAUGGAAAUCCUAUCACUGUUGAUAAUAUUCGAAACAUAAUGAGUCGCAAUGAGAUUAAUUGUUUUGUUAAAUGUUCAGUUUUAAAGUGGGGAGAAGAAUCAAAGAUUUGUAUGCCCGUGGAAAGAUACAAAUAUGAUUUUAUAUUAUGUGCUGAUUGCCUUUUCUUCGACAAUAUUCACACUGCUCUGCUUGAAACCAUAUGGUACUAUUUAUCAAGUACUGGAACAGCUUUGAUUAUGGCUCCUGAUCGAAAUGAAACCUUGAAUUGGUUUAUUGCAACUGCCCAACAAUUUGGAUUCAAAUGCAGUCUUCAUCAGAGAUAUAACAGUCAGAUAUGGCAAAAGCAUUUAGAAUUAAAAGAAUCAUCUAUUUAUGAUGAAAAUAUCCAUUAUCCAAAAUUAUUAAAAUUAAAUAAACCAGAUUUUUAGAAUUUGUUUUUUUGUUAUAGAUGACCAAUUAUAUUUGACUGAGAGAAAUAUCUUUGAGCCAAACAUCAGAUUAGUGAUAAUUUAGUUAUAUUAAAAUAUGUGCAGCCCUGAACAAAUAUCAAAGAAAUUUAAAUGAAAAAUUUUUA